AUGUAAUGUCCUUGUGUAUAGAAAAUGUACUGCUUUUAAGGAAGCAUGCUGCUUGCUAAAGGUCAUGAACCCAAUUAGCACAGAAGAGUCCCCUCUAAAAGUGGUCAGUUUUUUACUUAUGCAAAAGCAAUUUUAGUUUUCCAUACUCCAAUAUUUUUGUUACAAUGAUUUUGCUUCUGACAUUUCUAGGUUAUAGGCAAAGAUAACAUAUGAUCUUUAAAACCUGAAACAAAUGCAGACAUAUUUUUUUAGUGAGUAAACCAUUAAUACUUGCACUUAUGACUUAUUUAUAAAUAACUAAAUCUUUUAUUGCUCUUAGCUAAGAACAAAAGUCACACUUGGUUUUUUUCCCUCCACUCUUUCCUGUCAGUUUUGAGUACUUAUAGAGAGGUCACUGAAUUGUAAUAUACUGAUCCUUUAUUGAAUUUAUGAAUAAGAUUCAUUAAAUUGCUUUUUCAUACCAUAUAUCAGCACGUGCUUACAGAUUUUUUCCCUUUUUAGGUAAUAGAUAAGAAGAAACAUAACCAGUGAUUGUGAAAUAAAUGGAAGAAGAUGGAAAAAACUUAGUGGCUCGCAAGGGGGACUGUGAUACAGUUUCCACUUUCAGAGGAACCGAGUUUGAAUUGAAAACGCAUGGAUCUUAAGUUGGAAUGCUCACUGCAACCACCCCCUCGGUGGGAAGCUCUCUUGCUUAAAGAAUUCUUUUCCUUUUGGGGGGGGGGCGCUGUGCCAGGUUAAGAGCGCGGCGACUGCUCGAGACAUGGAUAGAUGCAAACAUGCGGGGCGGUUACGGCUCGCCCAGGACCACUCCAUCCUGAACCCGCAGAAGUGGCGCUGCCUGGCGUGCGCCACCACCGAGUCCGUGUGGGCGUGCCUCAAGUGCGCGCACGUGGCGUGCGGCCGCUACAUGGAGGACCACGCGCUCCGGCACUUCCAGGACACCGGGCACCCGCUGGCCAUGGAGGUCCGGGACCUCUACGUGUUCUGCUACCUGUGCAAGGACUACGUGCUCAAUGACAACCCCGAGGGGGACCUGAAGCUGCUCCGGAGCUCGCUCCUGGCCGUGCGGGGCCAGCAGGACCGGGCCGGGCGCGGGCGGACGCUGCGCUCCGCGGCCGCGGGCGAGGACGCGGCCCCGCCGCCGCCGAGCGCGCCCCGGGGGCAGCCGCAGAUGCUCACGGCGCUGUGGUACCGGCGCCAGCGCCUGCUGGCCAAGACGCUGCGGCUGUGGUUCGCCCGCAGCUCGCGGGGCCGGGCGCAGCUGGAGCGGCGGCGGCAGGAGGAGGCCCUGGAGCGCAAGAAGGAGGCGGCGCGGCAGCGGCGGCGGGAGGUGAAGCGGCGGCGGCUGCUGGAGGAGCUGACCAGCGCGCCCCCGCGCAAGAGCGCGCGCCUGCUGCUGCUGGCGCCCCGCCCCGCCGCGGGCCCGCCGGCCCCCGCGCCCGCCGCCCUGGCCGCCGCCCGCCGCGCCGCCCCCGGCCCGCUCAAGCCGCGCCGCCAGCCCACCGUGGCGCCCGGCGUCACCGGCCUGCGCAACCUGGGCAACACCUGCUACAUGAACUCCAUCCUGCAGGUGCUCAGCCACCUCCAGAAGUUCCGGGAGUGCUUCCUGAACCUCGACCCCUCCACCACCGAGCACCUCUUCCCCCAGGCCGUCAACGGCCAGGCCCCGCUCCCGGGCCGGCCCGCCGGCUCCGCCACCCAGCUGUCGGCCCGGAGCGACCGCGUCGAGGGCCUCGGCUGGCACGGGGGCGCCUCCCUCAGCAGGAGCCUGGAGCUCAUCCAGAACAAGGAGCCCAGCUCCAAACACAUUUCCCUCUGCCACGAACUGCACACCCUCUUCCGAGUCAUGUGGUCCGGGAAGUGGGCCCUGGUGUCGCCCUUUGCCAUGCUCCACUCCGUGUGGAGCCUCAUCCCCGCCUUCCGGGGCUACGACCAGCAGGACGCGCAGGAAUUCCUCUGCGAGUUGCUUCACAAAGUACAGCAGGAGCUCGAGUCCGAGGGCUCCACGCGCCGGAUCCUCAUCCCCUUCUCCCAGAGGAAGCUCACCAAACAGGUCUUAAAGGUGGUGAACACCAUAUUUCAUGGGCAGCUGCUCAGUCAGGUUACAUGUAUAUCAUGCAAUUACAAAUCCAAUACCAUUGAGCCCUUUUGGGAUCUGUCCCUGGAAUUCCCUGAACGCUAUCACUGUAUAGAAAAAGGGUUUGUCCCGCUGAAUCAGACAGAGUGCCUGCUCACUGAGAUGCUGGCCAAGUUCACGGAGACAGAGGCGCUAGAAGGGAGAAUCUACGCUUGUGACCAGUGUAACAGCAAGCGACGAAAAUCCAACCCCAAACCCCUUGUUCUGAGUGAAGCUAGGAAGCAGUUAAUGAUCUACAGACUACCUCAGGUCCUCCGGCUGCACCUUAAGAGAUUCAGGUGGUCUGGCCGUAAUCAUCGAGAGAAGAUUGGGGUCCAUGUCGCCUUUGACCAGGUAUUAACCAUGGAACCUUACUGCUGCAGGGACAUGCUCUCCUCUCUUGACAAAGAGACCUUUGCCUAUGAUCUCUCCGCGGUGGUCAUGCAUCACGGGAAAGGGUUUGGCUCAGGACACUACACAGCCUAUUGCUACAACACAGAGGGAGGUUUUUGGGUUCACUGCAAUGACUCAAAGCUGAAUGUAUGCAGUGUGGAGGAAGUGUGCAAAACCCAGGCCUACAUUCUUUUUUACACUCAAAGAACAGUGCAGGGAAAUGCAAGACUCUCAGAACCCCAACUCCAAGCUCAGGUGCAGUCCAGCAACAAGGAUGGAGGCAGACCACAGACAUUCCCCUGACUGGGAGGAGUAUCAAAGACUGACUUGCUUUGACUCUUAUUGAUGUCCACACACCUUUCCUCUCACAGAAAGUAAGGCUUACUGCAGGAGCAGAUGACUAGGUUUGCCUCACUGGGUCUAGAGUAGAAGGUGAUUCCUGUCCUGUCAGAAAAUUUGUAGUCACUUUGUGUUGAAUGCAUUUGGAAAUUCCCUCCUUUCAUAAAACACCAAAAGGAGUAACUUCUGUGAAGACAUGCAUCCUUGCUCUGGAUAUGAUGAGGAUCUGGGUGGAAGGCAGCCAGGAGAGUGUCCCUGCCCUCUGUCCCUUACAUGAGGCCCCUGCUAGUCAGGACCUCUCAGCACCAGAAGAUGCUCUCCAUGUAAGUGCUGGACAGAGCCUGCCAAGAGGGGCUCUGGCCGGCAGCUUGCGGAUGGGAUGGCCCCCAGGUGACAGGGGAGGGUGAAGACUUGCCUGCUUCCUUUUCAGAAGGCAGUCGUAGACUGAGAGUAGACUGAGAGGCAUGGAGGUUCCAUGGGUAGUGAGUGCCCUCCCUAGCCGUGCUGUCAUCUAACCAUUCCACACUUCCUUUCAGCACAGGGACAGUUCGUAUGAGGAAGCAGACUUGAACGUGUUCUUCACUGUGUGCUGAGCCAAAGGCCCUGGCUGGUUCAGGUCUAGGGCAAGCUUGUGCUUUGCUUUCAGCUAGUCUGAGGCUUUCUCAAGGUGCAGUGAGGGUGGAGGGCGUCUCUGAAUGUCUGCUGCCUGUUCUCCCCUUGCUGUGGCAUGCAGCUUCUCUCCUGCACCCAGAGAGCUAGAACGUUGGUGCUCGCACGGGCCUGUGCCCCGCGUGGACUCCACUCCUAUGUGCCCCACUAUUGCUGAAGGCCCUGGCCUGUUCCCUUCCCAGUCUGCCACUCUACUGUGGCUUUACCUACCUGUCCUCAGUCCAUCACGAAAGUUAGCAAGAGAGCCCUGCCCUUUACUCCAGUCCUUGACUGGGUCCAUUUCGAAAUGAAAUGAUGCCCGAACAAGCCCUUCCUCCCAUCGGCACCGCCCCGCCGUGCCACAGUGCCAGGGAGGGCAAAGCCUGGCCUACC